UUCCAGAGCCUGGGAACCGCGCAGCUUCUCGCCUCCCGACUCCAGCGCGGACCCAGACGGGACCUGGACUCAAAGCUUCUCCGGUGGCAGCUCAGGGAGCAGGGCUCUCCGCACUAACUUCUUCCGCGCGGCUCCGUCACUCCGGGCAGUCCCCGGUGCGCACCUGCCAACUCCGCCUUCUGCACCUGCCACCCCUGAGCCAGUGCGGGCACCCAAGCGAGCCAUGGCCAACGCAGGGCUGCAGCUCUUAGGCUUCAUCCUGGCCUUCCUGGGCUGGAUCGGCUCCAUUAUCAGCACGGCACUGCCCCAGUGGAAGAUUUACUCCUAUGCCGGGGACAACAUCGUGACGGCCCAGGCCAUCUACGAGGGGCUGUGGAUGUCCUGCGUGUCGCAGAGCACCGGGCAGAUUCAGUGCAAAGUCUUCGACUCCUUGCUGAAUCUGAACAGUACAUUGCAAGCCACCCGCGCUUUGAUGGUGAUUGGCAUCCUGCUGGGACUGAUAGCCAUCUUUGUGGCCACAAUUGGCAUGAAGUGUAUGAAGUGCUUGGAAGACGAUGAGGUGCAGAAGAUGCGGAUGGCUGUCAUUGGGGGCGUGAUCUUUCUUAUUGCAGGUCUGGCUGUUUUAGUUGCCACAGCAUGGUAUGGCAAUAGAAUUGUUCAAGAAUUUUAUGACCCCAUGACCCCGGUCAAUGCCAGGUAUGAAUUUGGUCAGGCUCUCUUUACUGGCUGGGCUGCUGCCUCUCUCUGCCUUCUGGGAGGUGCCCUACUUUGCUGCUCCUGUCCCCGAAAAACAACAUCUUACCCAACACCGCGGCCCUAUCCAAAACCUGCACCUUCCAGUGGGAAAGACUAUGUGUGACACAGAAGCAAAAGGAGACAGCAGCUGUUGAAACAAAUAGAAAGUGGACAUUGAAAUACUGUCAUUGACAUUAGGACUUUAGACUUUUGACUAUUGUAGUAUGAACUACGGUAUUGCAAAAAAGAACAACAAAUGCAAAAACAAAAAAAAGUUAUUUUUUUAAAAUACGCAUUGCUAAAAAUGGCUUAGUUUUAUUUUAUCUCCUUUCCUCAAUGCAGGAGGGAAGCCUUUUCCAUUUUUAUACUGCUUCCCACUGAGUAAUCAUCUCAAAUGUGGGGAAGGGGAGCUCCUUAAAUAUAUAUAGAUAUGUACAUAUACAUGUUUUUCUAUUAAAAGUUAGAUAGCAAAAACUCUUAUUAUGUUGGUACCAGUAUGCUUAAAAU